UUCUGCAGUCGGAAGUCCUUGAAGAGGAAAAUGAAGGGACUUGCGAUUGCCCUCGUUGCCUUCUUGGGGUUGAUGGUUGCAGGCUUUGCCUCCACUGACUGUGGCCUGCAGUAUGACUAUUACCACAAGUCAUGCCCGCAGGCUGAGCAAAUCAUUGCCACAACGAUGGAUAAACUCAUCAAGCAAAACUUUGAUAUAGUCCCCAAUUUGGUCAGGAUGCACUUUCAUGAUUGCUUUGUGAGGGGAUGUGAUGCUUCCAUUCUCCUCAACUCAACCAAACACAAUGUGGCCGAGAAAGACUCCCCCAUAAACAACCCAAGUCUUGGAGGCUUUGAUGUGAUAGAUAAGCUCAAGGAAGCCUUAGAGGUUGAGUGCCCAAGAACUGUCUCUUGUGCAGAUAUCAUUACUUUUGCAACAAGGGAAGCUAUCCACAAGGCUGGUUCAGACUUUCCAAGGUAUGAGGUCCGAGGAGGAAGAAAGGAUGGCAGAGUCUCGCUGGCCAGUGAAACCAUCACUUUUAUCCCGCCACCUACCUUGGAUGUCAGCGGCAUCGCCCGCUUCUUUGGAGUCAAAGGACUCACCCUUGACGACGCUGUUACUUUGCUCGGUGCGCAUUCUAUUGGAGACUCACACUGUUCUGCCAUUGGUGGGAGGGAGAGGAACUUCAAGAACACCGGCAAGCCUGAUCCCACUUUAGACCCCAAAUAUGCAGCAAAGCUACGGAAGCAAUGCCCUGCAAGUCAGGGGACAGAUCCCACCGUCUCUUUGGACCCCAUCACGCCAGAUGUCUUGGACAACAAGUAUUACGUUGGUGUUCUGAAGCAUUUGGGUCUCUUCACAUCUGACGCAACACUUCUCACAGAUGAGGCCACCAGUGCAGAAGUCCAUCUCUAUGCUUACAAUCCCGCCAUCUGGAGAAAGAAAUUUGUUGCCGCAAUUAUCAAAAUGGGAGAGAUUCAGGUGAAAACAGGGGAUGAUGGAGAAGUAAGAAAGAACUGUGCCUUGGUCAAUUGACGGGAGGUGUACUCUGAAGCUGUCUUUUGCAACUAGGAAUGAGUUGCAGAGGAAUUACGUUAGGUUUUCUUUUUAUGCUUUCUCAUAGCAGGAGGAGCAAAGGUGGCUCCCGAUUCUGCAUCAAAGAAAGGUGUUCACAUGGUUUCAUGCUUUUGUACUAUACCUCUGUGCUUGUUGGCUGCAGUGGUUUCAUCUCGCUGUCAUUCAUUCGUUCCCUUGUAAUAGUCUUACU